AUGUUAUCACGCUUACAAAAGCCAUCAUUACGUGAUUUUAUGGUGAUGCAUGCACAAACGCGCGCCCGUUUGUGUUCCGAUCAAGAAAUUUUCGAUCCAUGUAACAAAUUAUUACAAUUAACUUCGUUUGAGAAAGCUACUCUGAUCUCUUGGUCAGCAGAUUACAAUGUAGACAAAGGUCUUAAUUUAUAUAUAUUAUUACAUUAUUUGUCUGCUAUUAAUAACAAUUCAUAUUAUUAUCACUAUGUUAAUAAUGGGAAUCCUGAUGAUAUCUGCAACAUUGUAGGCAGUGGCAAAUCAUCGGCUUUAACACCUCAUAUGGAUGCUCUGGAUCGAACUUUGGCACAGAUGGAUAUUGAUGAAGAAUAUAUCCAGCAUCCGAAUAACAUCAAUGAUUUAUCGUUUGAACAACCAUUCAUCAUUUCAAACGCUACAGCACUUCAUAUCUAUCGAAGUUUGAUCUAUGGCAAUCGUUUAUUGUGUUCGACAGAGUGCAAUACACUCCUGUCUAAUUUAGGUGUUUAUGGUAACCAAUACAAUGAUCCACGUUUUGCUGAAAACGUCAAUAUGCUUAUUCAAAUGUUCGAUGGUACUAAACACCAAAAUCGAUCAACUCUAUCAACAUCAUAUAUUAUCCCAGAAGGACGUCGUGUUUCCAUCAUCGGUGCAAGUGUUGGUGAUUUAUACGCACGUGUAUCACAACAACAUUACGAAAGCAAUGGUAUUAAUGGAGCGCAUAAUCGAUUCACCCAUUAUGCAUGUCCUAUUAUAAAAGCUAUUAAGACCAAUGCUGGUUCGACUGGUGUUAUUUCUAAUAUGGUUCCAUCUCUUCAACAUGUUUAUACAGUUUCCAUACUAAUUGGAAAAAUUGAAUAUGUGGCACGACAAAAUAUAUAUGAUAAAUCCGAAAAAAAACAAAUGAAUAUAUUUAAUGCUGACGUUGAAGAUAAAUGGAAACGAUUGCGACCGAUGGCCAAUCGGGAAUACUGUCAUUCACCAUCACAAAUUAAAGUUGAACUUGAAGAACUUGAAGUCGAUGCUACAUUCGAACAAAGUAAAAGUGCCUUUUAUUACAUGUUUAAUCGAGUCUACAGUCAAUGGCAAGAAGCAACAUUAACAGAAAAACAAGAACAUGAAGCCAUCAUUAAUUUCAAAAAUUCAACUAAAAUUCCCCGUUUCAUAUGUAAUUUUGCUCGCUUUCGAUCAAUUAUGAAUAUUCUGUGGCAUGAUGAUGUAUAUCCAUUUAUUGAAAUAUCAGACGUUGUGAAGCCGCCAUAUCGUGUAUCGACUCACUUUAUUAAAGCUGUCAAAAAUGUUAUCGAUAAAGUAUUUCCAUCAAGUUUACGUAAAACUGAUGGCACCAAAAUUUUGAUUAUUGAAAAAGAUACGGCUAUCAUGGGUGAUUUAUUCUUUAGUCACGUUGAUUAUAUAUCUCGACAACUGUUUGAUCUAUCACCAAUUCAAGAGAAGUUCAAUCCUUCACCAAUAACAUCUCGCUUCUUGAAAAAAUUAUCAGAAAGUCCUGAUGAUGAAUAUUCAAUAUAUGCUGAUGCCUCGAUCAUUAUUUUAUCUAAAUUUAUCUUUUUCUCAGUAUCGACAUUUGUUCAUCGUCGAGAAUUUCAUAAUCGAAGAGAUCGGUUAAACAUUAUAUUAAAAUAUUUGGUUGAUAAUGAAUUGAUAUACGAAGCUUCUAAUAAAAAUCGUUUUACUAAAGGAGCUCAUACAAGUUAUACCAUGAAACCACCAAGUCAAAUCAGAAAAAAUAAUUUAUCAAUGGAAGUACUGGCUAAAUUAAAUUUGAAUAUCAAUGAUUACGAGCAGUUGUGGCAGCAAUGUUAUCUGCCUACACCUGAACUUGCAGCAAAAAUUGAAAAAUCAGCAAUCAAUCAUAUUAAUUUACAUUUAAUUGAUUAUAUUUCAAUUUUACAUCGUUUGGGCGAAGCAAAAGAUCCUGUUGCUCAAGAAAUACUAAAACCUGGUCUGCUUAAUGGUCAUAUUGGUAUUGAUUUUCAUUCGAAUACAUUUUCAUUGUCACCUGAACAUAUUAUUUAUUUUAAUAAUGACGAUGAAAUCAUGAAGCAAUUGAACAGAUUGUGUAUUCGAGCAAACGAUCAAAAUAUUGGUUUAUUGAAUAGCACUACAUCGUCGACGAUUGAAAAUAACGCCUCGAUGGGCAAGAGUUCGCGCGUGAAUAAAUUGUUUAUGCCACUUGUUGAUGAUUAUAAUCAAUUACAAACAAAAAAAACAUCUUUUAUGAAUUCUAGUGAUAUUUUUUCAAAUGAAUAUAAUCAAACAAAUAUAUUACACAAACAAUUUCUAUCAACUAAAGAAAUUGAUUCUACAUUGGUUACAUCUAAUAUCGAUAAUAACGGCAUUGAUGAUUGCAUAUUCGUAUUGGAAAAAAUAAAAACUAGUAAAACAUUUGGAUUUAUACGAAAAAUGAGCUCUGAUAUUCUUCAUUCAGUUUUAGAAAAUGAUGUUAACAAUAUUGACACGUUUCCAAAUGGUCUUACAGCUUUUCGACAAUUGACUAAUAAUAAUAAAGAAAAUCGUACAUUUUUAUUUGUACUUUUUUAA